CUGAAGGCAAAAAUAGUACUACUGCUGAUAGAAAUUAUUUCGACUUUAUUCAGUUCACGAAGCCCCAAAUUUCCAUUAAUGAGUCAAAUCUUUGGAGUGAAUCAUUUGAGCCAAAUUUCUCGAAUUUCCUUUCCAUAGAAUCAAAUAUAUAUUUUGGGACUUCAGCUGAUUCACAUGUUAAAUUUGAAAAGCUAUUUAAAUUACUCAUAGACAAAAAAAAUGAAAUUGAUAAAGUAUUUGAAUCACAACCUGCUUAUUUUAUAGGACUUGAUUUCCAUGAAAGUUCCUUUGUACCACACAUUUCUUGUUGGACUACUGAACCACUUGAUAUAUUAAUUCAAGAAAAGCUUGAAGAAUUAUUUGAUGAUGAGUUUGAAGCCAUAAGUUUUGUAGUAACUCCCACAAACGAUGAAGAAAUAAAUGAAAUCUCAUCUGAAGUAAUCGUAAAAGCAGAUAAGAAUUUAUCUGAUUCUUUCCAGGAUUUUAAAAUUUCGGCUUAUCUCCAGGCAAAGGUUGAUCCUCUUCCUAAUAAAAGAAGUAGUUUAAAAUUUUCUAUUGAUGUAAAUGAUUGCAGAAUGGGACCAAUGCUUAGUGACAAUUGGCCAUUACUGAGUAAACUAGGUUCCGGUUAUUUUCUUGAUUCCAUUGAAAUUUGGGUUUCUCCAAUUGAAGAUAAAUCCAUGCCUAACAAGCCCUUAUACAAUGUGAAAGAUGGUCCCUGGCCACAACAAUUUAAUAAAGAUGUUGAAAUUUCUAAAGUUCAUGAAUAUAAUAAUAGCAUUGGUGGAACAAUUAGUAAAGAUACUGGGGUUACAUUAAACCAAGGUAAAAGAAAUGGACAAGAAAUUAAGUCUGCAACAAAGGAAUGGGAAUUUACAGUUUUUGGUGGUGGUAGAACUGGAUUGGGCUGGAGAUACCAAUAUACCGCUGAAAACCUUCACAAAAAUUUUAACCGAAGAUUAAAUUUUCCUCCUGGAAAACAUUCCUGCCACUGGGAAACCUUAAAAGCAAUGAGUGGAUUUCAGAUUACUAUUAAGCAGGUGAUAUGUUGCAAAAUUGCUGAUGAUUGGUGGCGAAAGUUGAAACCAAAUACAAAAUCGAACUUAAUUAAACUAUGUCCCAAGAUGUCUCACAUUCUUAAAAUAACUUUUAAUAGUCUUGAUAACUUUAAUGAAAAUUUUGAAAAUCUUAUGAAAUCUCAAGAAUCUCAUGGAGAUCUUAUUAAUGUUACUUUGGCCAAAAAAGCUCCCCGAAUAGAUGAACCAAAAAAUUCAAUAGUAGGAAAUAUUAACCUUGAACACAAA